AUGAUUUCUGGUAUAGGAACCGAUUCGGCUACCACAGCAGUGACAACAGCAACAACGACAUUAAAAAGUAAUGCAACUGAUGCAGCAGCAGCAACUGUGGCAGCACUUGUUGAUCGGUCAUCGCGCGAUCGUAAUGAUGCAAAUAGCGAUUCUGAAGGGGAAGGUGCUGCAGAAGUUGAAUCAAGGAAUCUUCAUGUAAAAGGUUUUCAGAUACUUGAGGAGAGUCCAUGCAAAAGGUGGAGUAAACGUCGAGAAGAAGUGAAGCAACGCGAAGUUUCAGGCAUUGAUUUUGCCUAUCUGGCUAUGGAUAAUGAAACGGGUAAUGAAGUAGUUUGGAAUGAGGUACAGUUUUCUGAACGGAAAAAUUUCCGUGAGCAAGAAGAAAAUGUUAAUGUCAUUUUCGAUAAAUUAACACAUCUCAGGCAUCCAAAUCUUGUUAAGUUCCACAAAUACUGGACUGAUGCGAAGUCCGAAAAGCCGAGGAUAAUAUUUAUAACCGAAUAUGUUUCAUCUGGCUCGUUGGCUCGAUUCUUACAUCGUACUCGUAAGAUUGAUAGUAGGAUCACUUUGAAGGUUAAUUGGCCAGAGAAUUUGGGGUUUCAAGUAUUCUUUACGCCUCUUAAUUUAGAUUGCACUACAGUCGCACCUCCAGCUGAUAUCUACUCAUUUGGAAUUUGCGCACUUGAGAUGGCUGUUCAAGGCGGUCUCGGUUCUGCAAAUGGUGGCGGUGAAGCGACUAGCAUGAUAUCAUUAGAAAUAAUCCGUAAAGCGAUCGAGACGAUUGAUGAUUCGGUACAAAAGGAUUUCAUUUUAAAAUGUUUGGAUUCUGAUCCAGCAAAAAGGCCAACUGCUCGAGAACUUCUCUUUCAUCCUAUACUUUUUGAGGUGCAUUCACUGAAACUUUUAUCGGCUCAUCGUAUUGUUGAAUAUAGAUUAAAUGAGAACUUAACUGUGGACGAUCUUCGUGUAAAAAAUCCUAAGAAAGUUGCUGCUGCAUCAAAGCUGCGUGAAAUGACAUACGAAGAAGUGAUUUCAUUUCAGUUCGAUCUGGAUAAAUUUAUCGAUGAUGUAAAUAACGGUAUUUAUCCUAUAACAGCUUAUGUCCCUUCAAUGCGUCAAAAGAUAACCUCAUCUAUUUCUUCGUCGGCACUUGGUGGCCAGCAAUCUGAUGACCAUUUUUCGGAACCAAGUGAACGGGUGGAACCUUCUCCUUCACCUUCUGGUGAUUCCCACAGUGAAUAUUGUGAAUCUCGCUCGAUUGUCAGGUUUGAUGCUAAAAUGCAAGGGUCAACACUUACUAUUGUGCUGCAAUUCAAUGAUUUGAUGAAUAGACAACUCACCACUGAGCUUGGUAAAAGUGAUACGGGAACCAAUCUGGCUGCAGAAUUAGUUCAACAAGGACUUGUAUCGGAGGUAAAAGAACCUUUUUUUAGAACAAAUCUUUCGAAUAAUUCUUUCCAGUGGGUUGUACAUAUACGUGAGCAAGUUGCCUAUCUCUCGAUACUUUCAUCUAUGAAUGGUAUUCUUGCAAAUGAGAUCAGCUAUCCAGUUUUCUUUUCUCUUGAUUGA